AUGUUCAGUUUGAUGUGUAUUGGUAGAGAGUUUUAUUUUUUUUUUUCUUGGGAGAGUGCAUGUGAUCAGCUCAGGGCCAAUCAGCACUGUCCAGACAAACAUCAGGGGUCCUGCAUCCUUCUGCAGGAGCAUGAAAACUCUUCCUACAUGCUCCACUGGACACUGAUAUGAGUCACAUGACUGCUCUAAUUGCUGAUGAGAAAAGGUAUUUAGCAGUUUAUAUUUAUAAAAUAAUUGCAUUUCCAGUACUGUGGGAGACCAGAUAUAGUGAAUGCAGGGUCCUGGG